AGGUCAUUCAUUGUAUAGACAAUUUGCUACGAUUAAAAUGGCCAAUAUGAUAGCCAGUUAAAAAAUGACCAACAUGAAACAUGCAAUUGAUUAAUUAUUUGCAUGUCUGUGUGUAUAUCAUUGAUUUUUUUAUUACAGCUUUUUUAACAUAAUGUUAGUAAAAAUUUUAAUAAGCAAAUAGGUAAUUAACAUAUAUUCUGUAAAAUAUUAGAUAAGAAAAAUUGAAUGUAUUGACUGCAAGGGAACACGAGUAUUCUUUUGUAGGAUAAAAACAAUGAUCCAUAGUACGUAACAUGAUAUAGUUAAAACAAUAAAAUGUAAUCAGUUGGAAGAAACAAUUUGUUUAAUAUUUAUUAUAGCAUAAUUUGUUAUUUCCAUUAGAAAUGUUAUGUAAUGUUACUAAUCUUAUUCUAAUGUUACAAUAUUCAAAUUUUAUCCUCGUAAAUAUUUAUUAUAAUAAUACAAGUAAUUUGUAUAGAUAUAUCAGUCGAUAUUGUAAGAGAAUAUAUGCGACCAAGAUUGAAAAGUUUACUUUGGAAUAUCAUAUCAAGAGAAUUUAAUGUGUGCGUGCGUGCGUGCGUGCGUGCGUGCGUGUACACACACACACACACCACACACACACCACACACACACACACACACACACACAUUUUAUUCCCUUUCGGAGUUACUACAAAAACGUAAUCUACAUAAAAGUAUUUACCAGACAUAUAUGCAAUUAUGUGAAUCUUCCAAAUCUUUUUACCUUCAUUUAUUAUUAUUUUUGUUUAUAAAAAGCAAUGGUGAUUGUUCAUGUUACAGUCAACACACUUUAUGACUUUAAAUUCGUUUAUUCUCCUCAGAUAAUGGAUUAAUUAUAUUUGAAGGAGAAAAGAAUUUUGCAUGUAUGUAUGAUAAAUAAUAACAUGCAGUAAUUGUUUCCAAAUAUAAAAAUUAAUUAAGUACACGACAUAGUAGUAUGACAAUAAAAUAACGAUGAUGAAAGUUACUUUCAUAUCGAUCGACAUUAAUAGCGUAGUCUCAGGUACUUAGGGACAUGCCUUUUGCAUAAUAAACUUUUAUUAUAAUUUAUCUUCCAAUAACGAGUAAAAUAGAUAUUUCAUUGGUACUACUCUGUAACAUUAAGAAGAAUAUUAAUUGAAAUAGCCUGUUCCUACGUACCACACCAUAUUCAUGAUAAUAUCAUAAUAAAAUAAUAGCCAUUCUCUUUUCUCCCUUUUAUACAUAGUGUACAUAUUCUAAUAGUUUAUUCAUAUGAGGUAGAUUUUUCCUACACAAUUAUCGAAUUAUAUAUAUAUAUAUAUACGAUAGGACAUUUUGUAAUACCAUGUAUCGGCGCUAUAUCAAAGGAAGUUUACCUUAAUUAAUAAUUCUUCACUUAAUUUGCCAUAAAGUAAAUAAAGAGUCAUUCACGUAAAUAUGAGAGAGAGAGAGAUGACGUGCGAGCUGUCACUUUACUAAACAUUUUAAUGAUUUUAUUCAUAGGAACCUUGUGCUUCCAAUAGAUACACUUUAAUGAAAUUUAAAUUGUAUAUAACUAAACCAACAUUGUAUUCCAUUCGUAAUGGUUGUACAAGUUAAUAAGUGCUUAAACAUUAUGAAAAUAUUAUGUUACAUUGAUAUUAUUACACUUAUGUGCGAUAAUUAAUAAUCUAUUCAAAUAAGGCAACUGCUGUGAUCUCUUAUUUUUACUACCUCCGUGUAAAUUCAAUUGUCACUUGAAUAAAGAUACGUGCUCGUCUA